AUGGCGACUGCACUCUGCAUCGCGGCGGCGGUCACCGCCUUCAGCGGCGCGUCGUCCGCGUCGGGCGUGGUGCAGCGGCGCGCGCCUCUCGCUGCCGUCUCGAUGGGCGGCAACAAGAAGGUGUACUCUUUUGAGGGCGUCGACGGCGGCCUGCUCGAGGCGCGGGAGGUCUCCAUCACGAAGCCGCCCGUGUACCUGCUCACGCGGCUAAACGAGAUGAAGGUGGCGACGGGGCUUGCGGAGAGCGGCUUGCUCUCCGCUGCCGAGGAGGCGGGCGUCUUCUCCAAGCUGGAGAGCGCCGGCGCCUUCAGCACCGCAGAGAAGCUCCUGCCGCUGGUCGAAAAGUUCAAACUGCUGUCGCUCUUCGAGGAGCUGCUCGAGGUGGAGGCGGGGCUGCUCUUCACCGCGGCCAACUUCCUGAUCGUCUUCACCCCCGUCGUGCUCACGCUCCAGAUCUGCGGCUUCGUCCCCUUCCCGCAGGGCCCCGUCAUCCCAGUCGAGGCGCUUGCGUGCCUCUCGACGGGCGCCGCCGGCUUCGCGCUCUUCGCGACGGCCUUCAUCAUCGGGAACCUGCAGGAGUCAGCGGGGCCC